CAUUAUCCCUUUCUCCAACUUUUCUUCUUUUCCGCCCUUUUGUUUCUUAUCCUAGGCCGUGUUCUCUCCUCCGGUGCGCACGUUAGAAGCAAAGAAAUGGAGACGACGAAUCCCCCUCCUCCGGAGACGCAGUCAAAGCCUCAGCAACCACAUCCCAUCGGGUCCUAUCGUCAGCCUUCGGCGGGACGAGAAGACUGGUGGAGCGAAGACGCGACGGCGACGCUGCUCCAAGCGUGGGGGCAUCGUUUCGUCAGGCUCAAUUUCGGGAAUCUCCGGCAGAACGACUGGAAGGAAGUCGUCGACGCCGUGAACUCGAGCCACGGUAACGGCCGACGUCCGAAGACGGACACUCAGUGUAAGAGCCGGAUCGAUACGUUGAAGAAAAAGUACAAAGCGGAGAAAGCCAAGCUCUCUCCCUCGGCUUGGCGUUUCUUUGACCACCUCGACGUCUUGAUCGGUCCUGUCUCGAAGAAACCUGUGGAGGAAGUUGUCAAGUCAGGGGCUUUGGAACCUUAUCUGAGUUUAACCGGAGGCUCUCUUGACGAUGAUGAGGAAGAGGCUGGUGACUGGGGCUUCGUCGCUAGGAAGCAUUCUCGUGUGGAAGAGGGAGAUCUGAGCGAAGAGUCGGCGCGUGAGGAACUAGCUAGAACAAUUGUAAAGCUGGGGGAAGUUUACGAGAGAGUAGAAGUUAGGAAGCAGAAGAUGAUGGUUGAGUUGGAGAAGCAACGAAUGGAGGUUGUCAAGGAGCUAGAGUUGCAAAGAAUGAACAUGUUGAUGGAGAUGCAGUUAGAGCUUGAGAAAUCAAAGAACCGGAAACGUGGGGAUGGUUCAGGCAAGAAAUAGUCUGGUGAAGGAAGGAAGAUGUACUUGACUCUGCUUAAGCUCUUUGCAAAUUGGAGGAGCCUGUUAGUAAUGCUAAUCUGUAGGAUAGAAGUUGCACAUCUCUUUAGGAAGCUUUUUUUGUCUAUCUUCUAGCACCUUAGGCUCUAACUGGUGACCAAAGGAAUGACUGGGAAUGGGUAAUUCCUCUUUAUUCCUUAAACUUGACACAAUUUAUAAGGAAUGAGAAUAAUUAAUUCCUUUUCA